AUGUCGAUCACCCUCUACAUCUUAAAGUAUCACCCAGCCCUUUCUGCCAUUAACGACCCCCCCGGCAAUCGUUGGGACAUCGAUUGGAAGGCGACAACUGCCUUCUUGUUCCCUGGUCAGGGUGCUCAGUACCUAGGUAUGGCGGGAGAUCUUGUCAAGGAUGUUCCCAAGGCGAAGGAGAUGUUCGAGCAAGCCAGCGAUGUCCUGGGAUACGACCUCCUCAAGUUGUGCCUUGAGGGUCCCAAGGAGAAGUUGGACUCGACUGUGAUCAGCCAGCCUGCCAUCUACGUGGCUUCUCUUGCUGCUGUCGAGAAGUUGAGAAUGGAAGCAGGACAGGAGGCUAUUGAUCGUGCCACUGUGGCUGCUGGUCUUAGCUUGGGUGAGUACACAGCGCUCUCCUUCGCUGGUGCACUUAGCUUUGAGGAUGGUCUCAAGAUCGUGAAGGUUCGCGGAGAGGCCAUGCAGGCUGCCUCAGAGGCUUCAGAGAGCGGAAUGGUCAGCGUCAUUGGACUUGAUAGCGACACAGUGAAGAAGCUCUGCGAGAAGGCUUCGGAGCUGUCAGGGGAGAAGAUCCAGAUCGCUAACUACCUCUGCUCGGGCAACUAUGCCGUUUCCGGAGCCAAGUCUGCAUGCGCCAAGGUGUCAGAGAUCGCAAAGCCAGAGUUCAAGGCCCGCAUGACAGUUCCUCUCGCUGUGGCUGGAGCCUUCCACACAGACUUCAUGAUGCCAGCAGUCUCCAAGCUUUCUGAUGUUCUGGCUACUGUCGAGAUCAAGAAGCCCAGAAUCCCCGUCAUCUCCAACGUCGAUGCCAUGCCUCACUCUUGCCCGACUACGAUCAAGAACAUCCUGACCAGGCAGGUCACCUCUCCUGUUCUCUGGGAGAACACCAUCGCUGCUAUGAUGGAUCGUGGGUUCGAACAAGGCUACGAGCUUGGUCCUGGUAAGGUGGUCGCGGGGAUCGUCAAACGCAUCAACAAGAAUGCGAACAUGAUUAAUGUUGAAGCCUAA